AUGCACGCGUUGUUCGGGGAACAGAGCCAUUAUGCGUAUCGCAGCGGGGCCACUGGAGGAUAUUCCGCUGGAGUGACACCAUAUGCCUAUGAACAGUAUCGAUACGGUUAUGGUCCGCCCUACCUCCAUCCUCAUCAGCAACAUGUCGGAACUCCUAAAGAUAUGGUCAAACCACCGUAUUCUUACAUUGCUCUUAUUGCUAUGGCUAUUCAAAAUGCCCCUGACCGCCGAAUUACACUUAAUGGUAUUUAUCAGUUUAUAAUGGAACGCUUUCCGUAUUAUAGGGAAAACAAACAAGGUUGGCAAAACUCGAUACGACACAAUCUCAGUCUUAAUGAGUGUUUCGUUAAGGUAGCGAGAGACGAUAAAAAACCUGGCAAAGGAAGCUAUUGGACUUUGGAUCCUGAUUCAUAUAAUAUGUUCGAUAAUGGGUCUUAUUUGAGGCGGCGGCGUCGCUUUAAGAAAAAAGACGCCCUAAAAGAAAAAGAGGAAGCUCUUAAGCGCCAACAACAAUUGCAACAAGCACAAGAAGCCUUAGCGGCGCAAGAAGUGCUUAGCAGCGCUGAUGCGUUGGGCCAAGCGCGCGAUGUUAAGCCCGAUGUGAAACCGCGUAUAUUUGAAUGUCGACCGAAGAGAGAACCGGGUUCAGAUUGUUCGCGGUAUGAUAAAUUAGUGGAGCCAAUGGACGAAUUUAGUGAACCUCGUUUAGCUCCUCCAACAGUUUAUUGCUCGCCUCAGCCAUAUUCACUAGCUGCCGAAGAGUUUCGAGCGGCUACUACGGGCUGGUAUGCUGCACCCGAACCGCCAGCCGAACAAUUACCCCCAGCUUUUCGUGAUCUCUUUGAACCACCUAGUUGUCAGUUGGCGGGUUUUCGAGGCGGUUCACCUGUACCUGACGCUUACCGCGCUUCCCCACCGCCUCAUCAUCAUUACCGUUCACCGGCGCCCUCCUACUACCAUCAUCAGGCGUGCGUCGCUGCCGCACCCACAUCAGCUCACAAGUCCUACUGA